GGAAAACCCCAACGAAUAAACAUCUUUUUUGGACUGAGUCACCACCCCCGCUCAACAUGGCAACUCCAGCUGAUUAUUCGGUUGACCCCUCAACUAACCCGUCUUCUUGGCCCGGCCCGCAUCAAACUACCACAGGUUACAUCAAUAUCAGCAAGGUUGACAUAGUUUUCGUUAACAUGAACGGCGAUUCAAACUUUCGCAUACUACGCACUGGAACCAAUGAACACGUUCACCAUGUUGUGACACAGGUGACUAAACAUGUGGCUCGUGGUCUUUAUCAUUUAAUCAGUCUUAACGCAACGGAGCACUCGUGCGUGGUGGUCAUAUCAACGGGAAAGAAGAGAAGCGAACUAUCGGGACGGGGCUUCCCGUGGGACAACAGAAUAGACCCUUAG